AUGUCCAGCCCUUCCAGCAACGGAUCGCCCGACGAGCUCAACGGCACCUCACCCAACGUACACCAAAACGGCGAUACGCACAGUAGCUCCUCAUCCCCUACAAACGGUGAAGGAUCCCUCUCAGACACAAGCUCCGAAAAAGGCAAAACCAAAAAACAAACCAUCGUAGCUUUCCACCCUCGUCCAGAGCCAGGAACAUCCGGACGACCCAUUCGAGUCCGCACCAACUGGAUCCGAAUUACUCGUCUACCGACUCGUCCCAUCAUUCACUACGAUGUCGCUUUUACUCCGGACGUGCCCCCCGUGUUUGCUAAAAAGGUUUUUGCUGCUUUUGAGCACGCAUACAAGGAUUCGGGCCUUGGAGGAAUGAAACCUGCUUUUGAUGGACGCAAGAAUAUGUAUGUUAAAGAUGAAUUGGAAUGUGGAGCGAUGGGUGUGUUUGACAUUCAGAAAAUGACAGCGAUCCAGGAUGGAAGGCAACUCCGUGCACCUCGGACAAUCAAAAUGCGAGUCAAAAAGGUGGCCACGAUUGACAUGUCCAACCUCCAAGAUUUCCUUGCUGGAGAAAUGGCCGUUACACCCUACGACGCCAUAAUGACUCUGGAUAUCCUUCUUCGCCAAUGUUGUGCCCCGACCCACGUAUCCGUCGGCAGAAGCUUUUACACCAACACAGGAUCUCACUGCCUUGGUUUUGGUGCCGAAGUCUGGCCUGGAUAUCAUCAAUCCAUACGUCCCGCUGGUAACGAGAUGAAGAUCAACUUGGACGUCUCGUCUACAGCGUUUUAUCAGUCUGGUCCUUUGCUUGAGAUUGUUUCCAACAUUUUGGGAUUGAGUGAUGUCGGGAUGCUUGAAAAGGGACUAACGGAGAGGGAUAAGAGUCGUUUGGAAAAGACGCUCAAGGGUGUGAGAGUUGUUACUGUUCAUCGGGGCCCCGAUAGGAAAAAGUUUAAGAUUGCUAGUUUGGACUCGGCCGUGAACACUCGCUUCAAUAUCAACAACGUUCCAACGACCGUUGCAGACUACUUUCACAAUCAGUACAACAGACCCCUUCGCUUUCCAAUGCUCCCAGUGCUCAUCGUCGGCGACCCCUCCAAAAACAUGUACCUCCCCAUGGAAGUAGUCUCCAUCCUCCCAGGCCAACGGCACACCCGGAAACUCAAUGAACGCCAAACAACAGAAAUGAUCCGACAAACCUGUCUGGCUCCUUAUCAAAGGUUUAAUCGCAUUUCGAGGGGGAUCACGGAAUUUGGGUAUGCGGAUAAUGAGUAUCUGGAGGAAUUUGGUAUGAAGGCUGGCAAGGAUGUUUGUAUCGUUCCAGCUAGGGUCCUCAAGACUCCCAAGUUGAUCUUUGGAAACAAUGUCAUGGAAGUCCCGAAAGAGGGGGCGUGGAAUUGGAAGGGAAAGAAGUUCAAGCAGCCAAAGCAACUUGAAUCAUGGGCCAUCGUCAUCUUUUUGCGUGAAAGUGAAUGUCCGGACGCUGUUCGCUUCAACUUUUUCAAAGUGAUGCAAAGUACCUGUCAGGAAGUCGGCCUAUCCAUGCCAACAUUCAACGUACCCUGCAUUUACGCCAACCCCGCCGGAUACGUCGAAGGCGCCCUCAAAGCCGCCUUCCUGGAAGCAAAGGACAAGUAUCCAAACCUCCGUCCUCAACUCAUUUUCUGUGUCCUGCCCAAUACGGGUGUCCCUCUCUAUGCAGAUAUCAAGCGUGUUUCUGAUACCGUUCUUGGGAUUCCCACACAGUGUCUUCAACAUCGACAUGUGAUGGAUGCGAGGAAACAAUACUGUUUGAAUGUCGCCUUGAAACUUAAUGUCAAGCUCGGAGGGACCAAUCUAUCCAUGUUGAAAGACGAGCUGCCGUUCAUUAAAGGAGCACCGACGAUCAUUAUUGGUGCGGAUGUAACUCACGCAUCGCCAACUGAAGGACGCAACAAGCCCUCCGUUAUUUCCCUUGUGGCCUCCAUGGACGCCAAUGUAACGAGGUACGCCGCAUCGGUCCGCGUCAAGCCUACAAAAGAUGUCUAUAAAGAGGAAAUGCCGGGAAUGAUUAUCGAGUUGCUCAAAAAUUUUUACCAAACAACCAACACGAAACCCCAUCGCAUCAUCUUUUACCGCGACGGUGUCUCGGAAGGCCAAUUCGGCGAUACCAUGACCUCUGAAAUAAACUGCAUCCGACGCGCAUGCCAUGUCCUCGAACGACACUACCGCCCAACAAUCACCUAUGUUGUCGUUCAGAAACGCCAUCACACCCGUUUCUUCCCCAUGGACAAGAACGAUACUGAUAAAAGCGGAAAUUGUUUGCCCGGCACAGUGGUCGAAUCCGAAAUAUGCCAUCCACAUGAAUUUGAUUUCUUUUUGAUGAGCCAUCCUGGAUUACAUGGCACUUCCAAACCGUGUCAUUAUUUCGUUCUCUUUGAUGAAAACCACCUCACGAGCGAUACGAUCCAAGAAAUGACUUACAAGCUCGCGUAUAUUUACGCUCGCUCUACUCGCGCCGUUUCCAUCGUCACUCCCGUUUAUUAUGCCAAUAUCGUUGCGUCGAGGGCUCGGUACCAUUCCCAGGAAUCCAAAUGGUCUGACUCGGAGAGUAUCAGUGAUGGUGGUGGAGCAGAGUACAGGCCCCUCAAGCCGGAGCUGUUCAAAUUAAUGUGGUACAUGUGAGAAUGACGUCUCGGGUAUUCGUUUUUCUGGCUCGUUGCUUGACGAAAAG